GUCAAUCCGCCGGGUAUCUUCACUUCAACCCAACAAAGAAAAGACCAACAAGACUCACCAUGUCUUCUCACGCCGUCUCGCGCAUCCCCAAGAUCCAUCUCCUCUGCAUGCAGGAGCACUUCGCCGACGCUUUCAAAGAGGCGAGCCGCUCUCGAAAACUGCCCGCGUCGGUGGAGGUCCAAAUCCACGACUGCGCCCUCGCUCAGCUUCCGUCUUCUGUCCAGUUCGACGCCAUCGUCUCGCCGGCCAAUUCAUACGGCCGUCUUGAUGGCGCCUUUGACGACGCCAUCUCGCGCGCCCUGUCUCCUCGCGACGACUACCUCGCCCUCACGCAUGUCAGCUUCAAGGACCGUUCCCGCAAUAUCUGGGGUACGCGCUACGUUGCUCUCUGUCCGACCAUGCGCAUGCCCAACGACGUCCGUUGGGACCGCGAGGUCGUGUACGAAUGCAUCUGGAGUCUCCUGUGCGAGGUCGACAACCACAACAAAAUGAUGGAAAUGGGCCAUCCCAGAGAAUAUGCAGAAACGAUCCAAAACAUUCUCAUGACACCACUCGCUACUGGCGUGGGGCGUGUUAGUGCAACGACGUGGGCUAAUCAGGCCGUGCUGGCAAUAAAGCAUUUUGUCGAGGCGGCUGAGAAUCCAGACAAAUGGAGUGCGCUUGACUGGCAGGAUUUCGGGAGGCCAUGUGCCGAGGUUCAGCUUACAUGGGAGAAGUGAUAACCACGAACACUGUUUUGGCCCAUUACGAAAUGUAGGAGUUGAACACAUCUUUAGCUAUUGUGUUAAGAAACCUAUCCCAGAACCGACCACGCAAACAUUGCUUUGCUACCCCGUUCUACUGAGACUCCAUGAUAUUAGAUGCGCGACAUACUUUGAAGUGAUGGAGAUCAGGCCGUGACAAUGUUAUUUAUUCAAGAAUCACUCAUGCUCUGCGACUUCUAUC